AUGGCAAAAUUGUGUUUCUUGUUACUAGUUGUUGGUCUAGCAGUAGUAGCACAAACUACUACUGCUAGAGACGUUCCCAGUGAGACCAACAAAGGGGUUGUUGGUCUCACUGACCAAAAGAAUUUGUUUGCUUUUGGUGGACUAGGUGGCUUUGCAGGGCUUGGCAACAACGCACAACCUGUUGGUGGGGGUGGCAUUGGAGUUGGCGUAGGAGCUGGUCUAGGAGUUGGCAUUGGUAACGAUAAUGGAAUUGGAGGUGCGGGUGCUGGUGGUGGUGUAGGGACUUUUGGAGGUAUUGGUGGUGCCGGAGGUGACGGUCCACUUCCUUGA